UGUCUGUCUGUCUGUCUGUCUGUCUGUCUGUCUGUCUGUCUCCUUCUCUCUCUCUCAGGAGGAGAUCAAGAACCACAUGUUUUUCUCCCCCAUCAACUGGGAUGACCUGACCGCUAAGAAGCUCACCCCCCCUUUCAAUCCAAACGUGACGGGCCCUAACGACCUUCGCCACUUUGACACGGAGUUCACAGACGAGCCCGUCUCCUCAUCCAUUGGCUGUUCCCCUGACUCCUCCCUCAUCACUGCCAGCAUCAAGGAGGCAGCCGAGGCCUUCCUAGGGUUCAGCUACGCACCCUCCAUGGACUCAUAACUGUA